AUGCGCACGCCGUUGCUCUUGCUCGUCGUGGCGCGCGCCGCCGCGCUGACCUGCCCGCGGGCUCGCGCGCCGGCCGCCGCGCGGCUGCGCCGGCCCGCGGGCCCCGGCGCGGCCCGCGCCGCCGCGCCGCCGUCGCUGCGCGGCGGCGGCGAGCGCGCCGACGCCGGCGGCGCCCAGAAGCUCGCGGCGCGCGUGCUCGGCUACGUCAUCGGCGCGGGCAGCGUGCUCCUCUACGCGCCGAUCCUCUACGAAGUAGCGGCGCAGCGGUCCGCGGACGGGCUCGCGCUGUCGACCUUCGCGCUGAGCCUCGCGGGCUACGGCGUCUCCGCGGCCUACAGCUACCAGAAGGGCUUCCCCGCGUCGACGUACGUCGAGACCGUCGCGCUGUCCGCGCAGUCGCUCGCGCUCUGCGUCGUCGUCGCGCUCAGCCGGGGCGCGGGCGCGGCGCCCGUCGCCGCGGCGGCCGCGGCGGCGGCGGCGGCCGUCGUCGCGCUCGCGACGCGGCCCGUGCCGCCGCGGGUCCUCGCGGCGCUCCAGGCCGGCGCGACGGCGCUCAUGACCGUGAGCCUGCUGCCGCAGAUCGUCCUCAACUUCCAGCGCCGGUCCGGCGGCCAGUGGUCGGCGAUCACCGCGGGCCUGUCCGUCGGCGGCAACGCGAUCCGCGCGUUCACGACGCUCACGCUCACGAAGGACACGCUGCUCCUCUGCGGCUUCCUCCUGGGCCUCGCGCUCAAUGCGACGCUGCUCGGCCAGAUCCUGCUCUACGCGUCCUAG